CUGAACCCGAACAAACACAACUACCACCCCAUUCUCCUCUCCCUCCCCCACACAGCCAAAACUAACCAACAGCCGUCAUCGCGUUCGCGAAGGAAGAUUUUUCGACUUAGACUGCAGCCAGACGAAUGGUGGAGUUUGAUACUCUCCUUAGAGUCCCAGUCUCGCGCCCCGAUACCGCAAUGUCAUCCUCGUCUACCACUGCUGACACAGAUCCCCUCUCCCUCCUCCGUCUCUCAAUCUCCCAAUCCUCCCCGCCGUCACUCUCCCACACCCCUAACCCCCCGCCACAGGGGGUCUCUUUGGCCUCCGCGUCAUACCUGAUCUUCCAUUCCGCCGCAUUCCCCCUGUGGACAAAAACGCGCUUUCACAAGUCCAGUGGGGAAUCCGUCGACCUGCGCUCUAUCUAUUUUGCCUGGCUUCAUCGCGAGGAUACGAUUCCAGACUACAUUACCAAAGCGCAGAAUUUGGGUGAUGGGGUAGUUACCAAUCUUGCGUUCUUGGAGAGGUUAGAGUUGGUCACUUGGCUCGAGGGCGGGCAGGAAGAGUCGGAUUUUAUUAAGCCUUUGGCGUCAGCCGUUGCUUCCGCUUCAGCUAGUGCUGACGCUCAUGCUACCAGUGCCGUGUCGGGCGGUGGGGUAGUGGGUGCGGCGGCGAUGGGAGCGCAAGUCACGGAUCCGAGAUUGCUGGAGAUUUACAGCCAUGAGAGAGUGUUAUCUAACCGGAAUACGUUCCUUCGCGGAGUCAAACCUACCGAUUUCUCCCACGUCCGAAAACAAGCCGAAGACUUCAUAACCCGGCUCCGCAACCAAAAACCUAGCGGCAACAAUCCUCCUCCCUCAACACCAGCAACCUCGACCCCCAGCAAAUCGCCCAGCAAAUCCCGCUCCCGUGAUCCCAUAAUCCUUCUGUCCCCCUCCGCCUCUUCCCUCCUAACAAUGGCGAACAUAAAAGCCUUUCUAGAAAAUGGCUCCUUCAUCCCCUCCUCCCAACUGCCGGGACCCCACGAGACAAUCCACCAAAUCUCCCGGCUGAUUCCAGCAAUCCACCCCACCGCCCCCGUGCGCUUCCUAGUCGUGGACAGCAUCGAGAAAUUCAAGCCGGACUACUGGGACCGCGUGGUUGGGGUGUUUACAACCGGGCAGGCGUGGCAAUUUAGGGAUUACAAAUGGAAUAAUCCCGUGGAGCUGUUCAGACAGGUGAGGGGGUUUUAUGUCGGAUGGGAUGGGGAGGCGGUGCCGGACCAGGUGAGGGGGUGGGGUGCUGGCGUGAAGUGUUUGAGCAUUGAGCGGAAUAGGAGAUUCAGGGAUCGCGAGGUUUGCGAGUCGAUUUGGGAUGGUAUUGAGACGGGGAUGAAGGUGAAGUUUGGGAGAUGAGAGUGUUUGAGACUGUGGGAUGGGGGGGCACGGGGGAGUAAGGAGCGUACAGUCUCAUAGUAGUGAUAACAGUAGUUCUGGAGAUAUGGGCGUGAUUGUUGUUCCGCCAGAUACUAGCAGUAGUGGAUUCACACCCUCCCACCUCCUACCAACUAGUAACCUUUCUUUCCUUUCACUUUUUUUAUCAUUAAAUUUUUACUCUUGUCACUAGUAGUUUCUUCCUCACUCUUCUUGUUUUUUGUUCCCCUCUUUUUCCCUCUCCCUCCAUUCCAUCACUUCUCGUCUCGUCUGGUCACAAAUACCGGUAGCCCAAAAAGGU